GUGCACAGCAGCUCGCAGCGUAGUGGAGGCUUUCACUUUCUGUUGCUGUGAAAUAAACCCCAGAAGCCCUGAACUUCAUAAACAACCAAUUCCUCUUCAUGGACAACACGGAGGGCACACGCACCUGUGGACAGUGCCAGAGGGAGGUUGCAGAGGCCAACUUUGCUCUGCAUGAGUCCCACUGCAGCCGUUUCUUAUGUCUCUGUCCCGACUGCAAUGAAACUGUUCCCAGAGAUCAGCUGACCCAACACAGAGAGGAGCAACACACCCAGGUGAAAUGCUCCAAGUGUAACAAGAAGAUGGAACGAUGUCAACUCCUGGAUCAUGAGUCUGACGAGUGUGUGGAGCGCCUGCAGAAGUGUGACUUCUGUGAGCUGGAGGUUGUGUGGAAGCAUCUGGACGAACACCGUGUGGUCUGUGGGAGUCGCACUGAGCUCUGCAAGGACUGCGGCUGCUACGUCAUGCUGAGAGACCAGCCGGAGCACAUCCUGACCUGCUCCACCUCCGACCAGAACUCCGCUCCUUCUCCAGCUGCCAGCAAUGCUGCGAGUAGUGCAACAACCAUGAUGUGCAGCAGAUGUUUGGGCUCAUUUUCCACUGAUGAUAUCGAUGAACAUGAGGCGGAGUGUUGUCCUGCAAGUAGGUGGGAUGAUGAAGAAGCUGAGCCAAAGAGGGAAGAAAAGGAGGGUAAAGAUGAUUCGUCAGGGCAGGGGGCCACUGCUCUUUUAAGUGGUACCUUUAAGGCCACGUCCCUUACACAGCCACAGUUGAGUGGUCCCCGAGGUGAUAGAGGAGAUCUAGUUGAGAUCAGCACCUGCCCACACUGUCACCUGGCUCUGCCCAUCAUCAUACUCCGCUGGCAUGAGGUGAAGUGCCAAAUCCACAUUUUCCUGAAACUCAGAGAGGGUUAGAGAGACCUCCUUAGGCUUGCUGCCUCAAAGAGCCACCAGAGUACAGAGAGUCACUUUGCCUCUCUUUCCUCUUGAAACAAAGAUUUACAUAGUUUUAGGUUUAACUUGAGCUUCUAUGACUUGAUGCUUUAUGAUGAAAAAAUGUUGUUCUACAUUUUAAUAAAUGUUAUAAUGCUGGUGAAUUUGAUGUUAAAUACAAGAACAGAGAUUAAACUAUAACACUAAGUUUAUUCAUGUAAAUCAGUCAGCAGAAUAAUAGCACACACAACAGUAGGUUACUUCUGAUGUCUCAAAGUCACUCUCAAAUUGUAGAAAGUUCUCAUGUCAAAUGUUGUAGAAACUUUUAGGAGUUCUUAAAUGGGUCUCAAGUAGGAAGAAGAGAUGGAUGAUGGGCAUAACGUGGUAGAUGAUGUAGAAUUUGAGCCAAAUGAUCUGAUUAAAAGAAAAGUGGUCAGUAAUUGAAGACGGCUUCUUCAAACUCCUGUUUCUGAUCAUGUGACUGCAGUCCUGAGCUGUUUCAGAUGCAUGUUUCUGCUCCUGAUGAAUACUUCUAAUCUGUAAUUACUGACUUUUUUCAUACGUCAAAUUGCACAAAUAAAAUCUGGAAUAUAAACAUUUAAAAUCUGUAAGUCUGUGUAUAAAUAGAGAUAUGCAUGUGUUGAGAAGGAAAUGUUUGACCAAUAUAAGCUUUAAGUCAAACAUCAAAUGUGUGACUUUAAUUUGGAGGAAAUAUAGUAAUAAUAAUAAUUAGGACUGUCAAAUGAUUAAAAAUUUUAAUCAUGAUUAAUCACAGCUUUCAAAUUAUUCAUGAUUAAUCACAGCUUUCAAAUUAAUCACGAUUAAUCACCAUUCAUGACCAUGCUUGAAAUGUAUAAACAGAAUGAGCCAAUGUUACAAACAUUUACUGGUAACUGACCUUCUCUUGAGUAAACCUCAGAUUUCCAAGGGUCAGUAAAUGCAGCAUUUAAUUCACUUCUAUGUUGUUCUAAAUAAUCUCUACAGUGUUCUAGAUCAUAAUCAGAAUAUAUCAUCAUCUCACCACCCGUCUCCAUGGUAAUAAUUUCUGUCGUAAAACUAGCAGAUGCGACGUCUAAAGUUAAAAAGCCAAGAUUGAUGAAAAAUACUGAUAAAACUGAUGAUCUGGCUGAUGAUGAGAAACAAGUUUUUCCUUUUACCAUUGAAGUCUAAGUGUUUGUGCAGCAGUGAUAAAAGCAGCAUCACCCAAAGUAAACAACUGUUGAUAAAAAUAGAUCAUUGGCUGUUUGUUUUUACAAGUUUUUCUUCACUUUUUUUUUACAUUAGAUGAGUACUUUAGUUGUAAUAAUCAGUUAAAUUUUUCAUAAAAUCUAGACUAUAGAAAAUCUUUUGCUUCUUCCAG